AUGAAAGCAGCUCAAAGCCGACAAAAGAGUUAUGCAGACAAACGUCGCCGCCAAUUGGAGUUUGAGGUUGGAGAUAAAGUAUUUUUGAGAAUAGCACCAAUGAAAGGAAUUAUGAGAUUUGGAAAGAAUGGCAAGUUGAGCCCAAGAUAUAUUGGGCCAUUUGAGAUUCUUGACCGGAUUGGACCAGUGGCUUACAGGGUAGCACUUCCUCCAGCACUUGCGGGAGUGCAUAAUGUAUUUCAUAUAUCCAUGUUAAGGAAAUAUGUUCCCGACCUGACGCACGUUAUUGACUAUGAAUCACUUCAGAUUCAGGAGGAUAUGACUUAUGCGGAAGAACCAAUUCAGAUUUUGGAAAGGAAAGAGCAAGUGCUACGAACUCGAACUAUCCCUGUUGUUAAAGUGUUGUGGAAAAAUCAUGCUUUUAGUGAAGCUUCUUGGGAGUUGGAGGAAGAAAUGCGAGAUAAGUACCCACAACUCUUCGAUGCGAAUUUUGACUUUUUAUGA